UUUUUCUCCGUUAUCUUACUUUGAAGGGUCGAACCGGAAGCCGUAUCUUUUCCGGGUCAGACCUCUUCCUGUUCCUGUUUUCGUUUUUUGACAGUCUCUCGGGCUCGGUUGUAGUUUGUGUUUGAUCUGAACCGGGUUGAACCGGGCCACAGAGACCCCUUCCAGCUUCUGACCCGCGGAUCCGAGUCCAGGAUGAAGGAGGUGGAAGGUCUGCGGUUCCGGAGGCUGAACAGACCCACGGUGAUCACGGACGAACUGCCGGAGCAACGCUACAAGGGGACCGGGACGUACAGUGGGAAGGUUUUCCAGGUGACUCUUCUGUCCCUCGGAGGUUUUCUCCUCUUUCCUCUGCUCUUCAUCAUCCUCAUCCUCGAGUCUCCUAUCCAGCCUGAAGUCCUCAGUCUGAAGGAACCUCCGCUCAUGUCCGGCUGCUGGGAACCCAACCUGAAGCUCCGAGAGGCUCAGAGACUCUUCGAGGACCAGCUCGUGGGACCGGAAUCCAUCGCCAACAUCGGAGAUGUUUUCUUCACCGGAACAGCUGAUGGGAAGAUUGUGAAGCUGAUUGGACGAAGAAUCCACACGGUGACAAGACUUGGAAAACUGCCCUGUGGUUCCAGGGAGGAGGAGUCCAGCUGUGGGCGUCCUCUGGGCAUCAGAGUUGGACCCAAUGGGACCCUGUUCGUGGCUGAUGCUUAUCUGGGUCUGUUUGAGGUCAACCCGACCACAGGUGAGGCGGUCCGCCUGGUGUCUGGGGGUCAGCUGGUCGGUGGCAGGAAGCUGUCGUUCAUUAACGACCUGGCGGUGACACAGGAUGGAAAGAAGGUGUACUUCACCGACUCUAGCAGCAGGUGGCAGCGCAGAGACUACUUGCACCUCAUCAUGGAGGCCACAGCCGAUGGGCGGGUCCUGGAAUACGACACCGAGACCCGCGAGCUGUCUGUGGUGAUGGAGAACCUGCGAUUCCCAAACGGCAUCCAGCUGCUGCCGGACGAAGAGUCAGUGCUGGUCGCCGAGACCACGAUGGCCAGGAUCCGCAGGGUCCAUGUGGCUGGUUUAAAUAAAGGCGGGAUGGACACAUUCGUGGACAACCUUCCCGGUUUUCCCGACAACAUCCGACCCAGCUCGAGUGGAGGUUACUGGAUCGCCAUGUCCGCCGUCAGACCCAACCCUGGCUUCUCCAUGUUGGACUUCCUUUCCCAGAGACCCUGGAUCAAGAAACUCAUCUUUAAGAUCUUCAGUCAGGAGGUACUAAUGAAGUUCGUUCCACGGUACAGUCUUGUGGCUGAGCUCCAUGAUGGUGGCGUCUGCACGCGGAGCUUCCACGACCCCAAUGGCCUGGUGGCGGCCUACGUCAGUGAGGUUCACGAACACGAUGGGAAUCUGUACCUGGGCUCAUUCCGCUCGCCGUAUAUCGCCAAACUUGACCUGAAGAAGGUGUAAAAAGGAUCCGCCAAGCCGCAUUUGUCUUUAACAUGAGACCAAACGCAGCAGGAGGUCCGCCGUCACCGGUGACGAUUCAUCAACACCUCAACUUCCUGACGACUAUUGGACAGAUGACGGUGAUGUUCAGCUCAGACGUUCACUGUGUCCUGAAACCGUUCACUUUAAUUAACCUCCACAACUUCCUGUUUGGUUUUACAGUGUUAUAUUUCCUCCAUGUUAACGUGUUACCGGUGUAGGUCAUGUGACUGAGGUCUGCACCACGUCUAGUCCAGUUUGUGUCUGAUCAGCAUCGGGUCACAGAGUUCAGCGUUAAGGUCGACCUGGUCCAUUCCUGCUGGUCCGGAGGGGUUUGGAGCUGGACUGGUCCAUUUGGUCCCUGUCCCAUUCAGACUGGUUCCACAUGGCUCGGGUCAGGUCAGACCAAUCAGGAAUAAGAAAAGUCAAUCAGGACCAAACAGACAAAUCAGAACCCAUCAAUGACCCGUCUGAAUUCAAACGCAAACAAGCCUUAAGUAUAAAGUGGGAUCUUCAUCAGCUCCAUUGACAGACUGUAGAUGUUCUCAUUCUGUUUAACCUCGCCACCCCGACCUUUGACCCCUGUCAGGAGCUGGUUUAUCUGAUCCGGAUCUGUGUGGGUCGGUUCAAUGCCUGACUGAAGAUGAAUUUAUUUGAAAAGGUGUCAUUGUGGGUCGGAGCAGUGUUUGUUUUUAGUGCCAUCCAGUGGUGAAGACGCAGAUUUCCCACUGAAAACCUGAAGUGUGUCGUCAGAAUCAGUUUGUUUUGUAGGUUCUGGUCUUUUUACUGAAGAAGGAACCGGUGAAGAACCUUUACACUGGACAUCACCUGAUUCAACCACUCAAGUGACCGGUUCUGAAACUGGUCCUGGUCCUGGUCCUGAAUCUGAAACUGGUCCUGGUCUGUAGAUGGAUCUGGACUCACGCUGAGGAUUGUCGUGUUCUUUAACACGUGUCAAUGCCGCAUCAGCGACAAAAAUACAUGUCACCUUGUCGGCCACUUUGGAUCUGCAUUUCUUCAGGUGUUUUGAUGAUCACUUCAUCAAGUGUCCGUCCACUUUAAUGAUUACCGCAUGACGCAUGAUUAAAUCUGAAUGAACACGUAUGUUUUCAUCCAUGUUUUCAAGUUCAGAGUUCAGGUUCGGUUCUGGUCGAUAUUCACUUAUUAUUCAAGUCCACGUUUGGCUCGGGGUCGUGUCCAUCCUGUCAUUCAUAUAUUUAAUGUCUUUCUUACCAUGGCAAUGGCCAAGUGUACUGCAGCACCAUUCAGUAUCAAGUAUGUUGCGGAAACACGUGACAUUACAGAUAUUUAACGCAGUGAAGCGGUUGUAAAACACUCACCGUUGAAUCUACGCUGAGACCAGGAAGUCUUGAUGGGAUUUAGUUUCUCAACUUAGGGUCAGGGCCCACAAUGGCCCAUGGAUCUGUUUUUAGAGCAGUGAAGUCCCACCCCCUGGAGUUGAGCCCAGUGGACGAAAUUUCAGAACCACAAUGUGUGACGUCUUUAUCUUAAGUUCUGUCUUAACUACUGUGACUGUCAGUUUCUUUAUUUGUAAAAUUCUGUUUUAAAUGGAGACACUUUACUCAGGACCCAAUAAUUAUUCUCUGUUCAGGUUUUUACUGAAGCUGUAGAACAUAAAAGGGGUGGGGUUUGAAGGGGCGGAGUUUGGACUCUAUUGGGUCAGAAUAUGAAGAGUGAAUUCAUUUCCCUGCAGAGGAGAAAUGUCAGACACAGACGACGAAAACAAGACUCAAUGAGAUAAAUAUAAUGUAAAGGGUUUGAUAUAUAUUUAUAACGCUGGUCGAGAACCACAGCUCCUCUGUCGACCCAGCUCCAGGUCCUGAUGGUCCAACAUGACCGACUCGUUUCCCAGUAAUGGACUGCGGCGUCUACAUCUGUGUUGAUGCUAAACCUGGAUGUUGGAGAAGAUGCAAAGGACGGCGCUCACCUUUGGCCUGAUCAGUUCAACUAGAACCACAGAGACCACCGCAAAGGUCAGGCUUAGGUCCCCCACCUGAACCUGGUCCUGGUCCUGGUCCUAAACCACUGCAAAGGUCAGAGUUGGGUCCACAACCUGAUCCUGGUCCCGGUUCUGGUUCAGGUCCAUCUGCCUGUGAAUGCGUUUCAUCCAGUAUUUAUUAACUUUAGUGUGUUUUGAGGUAAAAGUUUGAACCUGACCCUGUUCCUGGUCCUGAACCUAAUCCUUAAUCCUUAAAGAGUCUGAAGAAUUGGAGUCCAUUAAAUAAAUGUUAUGUCCAUGAGGUUUGUGUUGGUUCUGAUUGUGUUGGUUCCUUUGCUGGUUUUGUAGAUCCAGACUGAGGUGGAUUUUACAGACAUGAUGUGUUCAGGUGCCAAAUGUUGGUUCUUUUUUAUUCUUCAGACUGAAUCUCCUUUAACCCAACAUUUCUCUUUCUUCUUGUUUUUAUUUCUGGACUUAUCUUCUCUGUUCUUUGAAUUGGUCUUAUUCUGUGCUGUUCAGCUUCUUUAAAUAAAACCUGCUGUUUUACCAAACU